UGUCAUCAUCUCCAAUGCGUAAAUUUCGUCGUUACUUCCUGCUUUGUUUAUUUAAAAACAUCUUCUCCAAGAAAACUCACCUCCGGCAAUUGUUCAAUUUUCUAGAGCUUUUCUCCCUUCUCAACUCACAAAAUCUCUUGUCGGCAUGGACAUGCCUAUGUCGAAUAAUAGCAUGAACUCGAUGAACAUGCAAAUGAGCUUCUAUUGGGGUAAAGAUGUAACGGUUCUCUUCUCAGGGUGGCCGGAAAGCAACAAAGGCAUGUACGUAUUGGCCCUCUUCUUCGUUUUGUUUCUAGGAGCCGCCGUUGAGAUUCUGGCCAUGCUGCCGGCUGCAUUUAAACCUGGGACCACCAAACCCAUCCAUGGAGCUGUCAUUCAGACAGGCGUUCACGUUGUUCGGAUGUGCUUUGCUUACAUGGUUAUGCUCUCUGUUAUGUCCUACAAUGUUGGGAUCUUCAUAGCUGCAAUUCUUGGCCAUGGUGUUGGGUUCUUUGUCGUCAAGUUUCGUGGUUUGGCUACGGAAACCGGGCAGCACGAGGACUUGCCUCGCAAUGGUGUCGCUUUUAAAAUUUGAUGGUAUUUAAUGCGUCAAUCCGUUUCAAUAAUAAUGAUAAUAAUUCUCUUGAUAUUAACAGAGAUUUAGA